AUCGUGGAAGAAACUUUCCAAUUCAAAUUUUAAAUGAUCAAUCUUUUUAUCAAAAUGCUGCAUUUCUUACACAAAGAAAAAUGAUAAGCUUCUAUGUUGGUGGUCGUUUUUUAAGUGAAUGUGAAGUGAGCUUUUUACGAGAAACAAGAAUAAAUGCAUUGUAUCCUUGGGAUAAUCUAAAUGAUAUAACAAUAAAUCCUCGAUUUCCAUGUCCAUGUACACUUCGACAAGCACAAGUUGAUACUCGUUUUUUUCGUUUAUUUAGUGAGACUCAAUAUGAAACAGCUCAAAAUAUUUUUUGUUAUGCACCAAGAACAACUAGUUGGGUUAAUUUUGGUUCAACGUUUAAAUUACUCAGGUCACAGACAUGUUGUUACAACGGGUUCUAUCAAGGACUAAUCACUUCUGGUAGUCUUGCCGGUUCAGUUUUAUCAGAUCCACACAUUCUUUUUCUACCAUAUCCUUGGCAAAGACGAAUUCCAUUCUAUGAUCAAUGUUGUUCACCGUCAUAUACUACUGGACAUCCUGAUUGGAAUACAUGUCGUCUGUAUUUUCAACUUCAUCCAGCCAGUAGUUGUACACAAUAUCGACCUCCAGCUAUAGUUACUGGUGUCGGUGAUCCACAUGUUAAUACAAUUGAUAACGGUCGAUAUACAUGUCAUAUACAUGGUCUUUUUGUCUUCGCUCAAACGAACACUGAAGCUAGUCAAGUUGCACAAAAUAAUUUGAAUAGCAAUGCAUUGAAUAUUGAUCUUAUAUAUCCUGAUGAUUUAUUUCAAAUUCAUGCUCGUUCUGUAUACGCUCCACCAGCUUUGUCUUAUAUUGAACGAACACAGGGUUAUGGUUCAAUUUUUUCAAGUUAUACUAUAAUUGCUCUCCAUUUUACUUUUAUCAUCAGCAAUAAUAAUGGCAAAUUUGGUUUUUCUGUUAACAGUGAUACAACACUUACAAAUGAUUUGUCAAAUAACUUGAAUUAUGAUUAUAUAAAUACAAUGAACUAUACAGAACGAUAUAUUUAUCGAGUACAACAAACAACAAGAUCUGUAUUAAAUGUAACAAUACCGCAAUUGACCAUUUCUCUAUGGUCUGGUCUUUCAAUGCAAUUUGAAAUUAUUGAUGAAAAUUUUGAAUGUCGAUUAAUAUUACCAGACAAAUUUCGAACACAUAUUGAAGGUCUAGUGGGAAAUUUCAAUGGAGAUCCAAAUGAUGAUCUAUUUAAUCGACAAACAAAUCAAAUAAUUCCAAUAACAAACUUAUCAAAUCUAAUAGUACUCGAAAACGAUCAAGCUAUUCUUAAUGCUUGUCGUUCAUGGAAAGUACCUAAUGAUGCAACGUUAAAUAAUCAAGAACCUAUUAUGCCAAGAACUUUAGUAGAAUGGUAUUAUAAGAAUGCAUCAAAUCUUCUUACAAGUCUCAAUCCACGUUUAAAUCCAAAUAUUGUCAAUCAAACAUGUCAUGGUCAAUUUGAAUGUAUUCAUGAUUAUAUCAUUCGAAUAAAUCGUUUUACUGGUGAAGCAACAGCUUUAGGAUUAGAAAGAAUUCAAGAAUCAAGAAUUGUAUUAGCUGAAAUAUCUCCGACAAUCGAUUUAACUUUACCUGUUAGAAUCAAAUUAUCAAUUGAUAACACAAAUCGUAAUUAUUCAUUGGAAAUUAAUAUUAUUCCUGGUGAUAGAACACCUAUAAGAAGUGCCUUUGUCACUAUUUAUCCAUUUAAUACCAUACAAAAUAUCAAUAAUAAUGGUUCGUCGUCUAUCAUAGUUCCAAUGCCAAGGAAUGCAACUAGUUCUGUUGAAGUUUUAUUGACAAUUCAAUAUGGAUCUAAUUCUACAUUGGAACAAUAUUUGGAUAUUCUUGCUUGUUUAUGUACGAAUGGUAGUGAUAAAUGUAAUUUCGAGGAAACAACUACAAUAUCUGCUCAUUAUCAACUUGCUUCAUGCGACUGUCGACCACAAUAUGAUGGUAUUCUAUGUGAAUUGGAUUAUGAUGGCUGUAUAUCUGGUAGUGCUUGUAAUGUUAACUGGAAUAAUGAAACAACAUGUGUUUCAUUAAAUGCUACCCAACAAUUAACGGAAAGCCGUUCCUACUAUUGUGUAGGAAGAUGUGUGGAUGGAUAUAUUUCAGUUAAUAAUUUUACAUGUGAUGAUUUCGAUGAAUGUAAUUCAAAUUUAUCUUUAUGUGAAGAUGGUAAAUGUAUUAAUCUUAUUGGAUCAUAUACCUGUAACUGUACAUCUGGUUAUCGACUAGAUCAUCAAACAUGUAUUGAUAUUGAUGAAUGUACCGAACCAGAUAGCAAUGGUACCUUUCUUCGUCGAUGUAUUGAUGGUGAAGUUUGUAUAAAUACAUCUGGAGAUUAUAGAUGUGAAUGCAGUCCUAUUUUUAACACUACUGGAACUUGUAUUUAUAAUUCAACUCUCUGUAAUUUCACUGAUAAUAAUACCUGCAUCGACAGUAAUGGCACAGUCUUAUGCAUAAAUAAUGCUGUCAAAAUAAAUGGCCGUUGCAUUUCAAUUUUGAAUUGGUGUGAGCUAACAUGUUCUGGAUUUUGUGAACCAAUAAAUAAUUCUUAUCAAUGUAGUUGUAUGAAAUAUUCAGGUUUUGAAUAUUCCGAUAUUAUCAUGGGAUGUCUCCAAUGUGGUGAUCGAAAUUACGGUUAUGGUUGUAAUGAAUCAUGUCAAUGUAUCCAUGGAACAUGUAAUCAAAAUGCAACAAAUGUGAAUGGAAGCUGUAGUUGUGAUUCCAUACAUCAGGGACAAUUUUGUGAUAAACUUAUUGAUCAAUGUGCAAAUAAUAAUUCAUGUAAUAAUGUUACAGAAGAUUGUACAACAGAUCCAAAUUAUGGUACUGCUAUUUGUACUUGUAAACAUGGUUAUGAAAAAAAUAACGCAACUCGCAAUUGUAUAGAUAUCGACGAAUGUGCAAGUAAGGUAGAUAAUUGUAAUUCAGAACGUUCAAAUUGUAAUAAUACUAUGGGAAGUUAUGAUUGUAAUUGUAAAGAUGGUUAUCAGUAUAUUAAUGGCUCAUGUGUUGAUAUCAAUGAAUGUAUGAAUUUAACAAGUUGUGCCAAUUAUAAUAACACAUAUUGUGCUAACAUUGAAGGCUCCUAUGAAUGUCGAUGUAGCUAUGGUUAUUCAGUAGACGGUGAUAAAACUCAAACAUAUGUAGAUAUCCUAAACACAAAUUACUCUUGUAUACCAACAAACUAUUCAUCAGAUUGUGAAAAUCAAUGUUUGUCUCCCGCUUUAUGUAGUUCAACUACUGGUCGAUGUACAUGUCCAUUUUCAAUAUUAUUUAGUUUUGUUCUUUCCUCGGAUGUAACCAACCAAACAUGCCAAUGUCCUGGCCAUCCAUUUGUGAAUUAUACUGUACCGACAUGGUUCUUACUUUCCUUGAGUGUGAAACAAAUGAAAAGACUUGAUUCUAUUGAAUCAUAUCUUGAAAUCGAAAUACUAGAGAUUUUGAGUAAAAUAAAUAAUACAUAUAACACGACACAUAUACAAAUAAAUAAUACUAGUCGACAUAACGAGUUACCAAAAGGUGAUAGGGAACUUUUAGUUGGUUUAAAUAUAUCAUUGAAUGCUACUCAACGUUUGCAACUUAACAAUGAAAUUCAUAAAGAUAUGUUUUUAAAU